UAUGGCCUCCAGAUGGCGUGAUUGCCGAAAUGGUUCCGACGGAGUCUCAUCUCAGCCUUGUCUGUGGAAGGAAAGGAGAAGCGAUAUUUGGUAGCCUUAUAUGACGUAGGUCAGAGCUUGGCAUAUCGCCACCUGCGGUAGAACAAUCAUCCAGUGGGGUCGAGUGAAAGCAUCUAUAUCCCUACUCUACACCUACUACAAUCAAAACUGCAACGCAACAUACAGAUUAUUAGACUGAACUCUAUUCCCUGCCACAGCUACCUAUCUACUGAGUACAGCUUUCUGGAAAGAGCAAGAAUAAUCUUUCCACUUCUCAAACAAGAAAAACAACCAUCACGGGAAUCUUAGACGCUGCCGAAGUCUCCACAAAAGACAGCACUGCUGCACUGAGGGUGACAGCGUCCUACCACAACGAGCAGUCUGUACAACAGCUUACUCGAGUACCACAAAUACCUCAUAACCUGAUUACCAUGUUCUCCGGAAUCUUUUCUGCGGCCUCAAAUGUGAUAUGGGGUCGCACAACUGAAGGAGAAGCAAUAACACCACAACCUCAAAACCAGACUGCAUCUAGACCACCAAGGAGGCAUGGACGAUACCAAUACCUCUUCAACCCACCUCUAAUCGCGGAAAAUGCAGAAGAAUCAUCUGAAGAAUCCUCCACAGACGACACCGAAUUUUCUCCAACAGUAGAGGACGUUCUCGACGUCAAGCAGAUAUUUGUGGAUGAGCUUAGUAUUCCACUGGAACUGAUAGACAGUAUCAUUGACUUUGCAGAAUAUUGGCCGCAUACUUCAAGUUUCAUACGCUCAUAUCCAGAUAAAGAUAUCAUUAUCCGGGGACAGAGUGGGCAUGAGGAUCAGCUUCUGGUUUGUCGUCUUCCCUUAAUCUGGGGAAAUUGCUAAUCUUCAAACAGCUGAGAACUCCUCCAGUUGGAUUUAUUCCCCUCCAACCUUGGGCAAGUAAUGUCACCCCAUCCAAAAAGACAAUCACAGAUGUUGGACCUGAAUUAGAGGGUACUGGGAAAUUCCGCUGGAGCUUACCUACUGUCCCUCAAUUAUCCGUCCCCGAAGGCUUAAAAGAUGAUGCUGCGACCCAAAAAGUCCUGAAACACUGGGAAAGCAGCUCAUCUGCACGGGAAAUGCCUUGCCGAAAAGUAGUAUUUAACAUUAAGAGUUGUGAUCAAGGAUGGGGUGGAACUUCCGCAGAUCGAGGCACUUACAAAGGAUCUUGGACUUGGUUUGAUGUUGGCUUGGAAAGAAUGAUUGCAUACAGAGACGGUAAGCAUAUAGAUACUACAAUGAUUCAAUACUUGCUCACUGUCCUAGGUAUGACAGAGAACGAUGAAGAAGACCCAAUCAGUUCAUCCAACUCCGACUUCCCCAUCGUAUGCUCUACCGUCCACGUCCUUCCCGCAGAUAACAUCGAAACCACCACAACCCCACAAGGCGUAGAAGUCAAGGAAUUGAAACACGAAUUAAGCCCGCAGCCCAUGUGUCUGCAAAAGAAUCGCACUGCCACGAGAGAUAUCACGACCCAUGUCAUUACCUGGUCCCCCCAUGAUAACAUUGAUCCCGAAUCAUCCGAAGCAGCUGAACUCGAGGGUCAAGGUCGUGGUAAGGCGAGUAUGAAUGGGGAGUUUAUGCGGAAUUUGAAGAUUGGCGAUUCGAUCACUGUUUGGGGUAAGGCUCGAUUUGGGGGCUGGUCCAAUUUUGUGAAGGAGGUUAAGGUUGAUGUUUAUUGGGCUGUUUAGAGCUUUUGUAGUAUACUGCAUUUGGUAGUGAUGCCUGAAAUUGAUGCGAUUAUGAGUAUG